AUGUCACGAUCGAAAAGAUACAGCAAUUGGCAAGAGCUCCGUGUGUCAGACUUGACCCAGGCUGCCUUAGCUGUCAGAGUGUGCGACCGGGAACGCGUGUUUGUUUAUUCAGUUAAUCUGCCAAAAGGGGCAACCGUUGAGCCCAGCUCCUUAAGAAAAUCUAUGGAAUUAGUUCAGUCAGUCUCUGCAUGCAUGACGUACAGCGACAUGCACUAUAACAAAGAAGAGAACAAACUCCUGUUGGAGAGACCUACACGACAUUGCAUUUCGCUCUAUGAGUACGGGGCCCUUUCCACUCAAUUUCUGAUACCUCCACAUGCUAAUGAAGACGUGCAACGGUAUCGUUAUGCUUUCAACUGUUCUGAUGGCCUUUCCGAGAUAUACCUUUGGAAAAUCGUGAAGUACCUACUAGAUACAUUUGUGAGGCUGCAUGAUCCUUAUGCUUGGCCUGACUUCCGGCCUCGGCCUCACCUACUUCUUUCACCUUCCAACAUCAUCGUAGGCCCUGACGAUAGUUUCCUCUUAGAAGCAGCCGGAGUUUCUCAUCUUCUAUCCACUCCCAACCGGCACCGACGUAGUUGGUAUUGUGCAAUGGAAAACACUAACCUCUCUUCCCACGUCAACGAUGCACAAAAUGCAAGCGACAACUUUUCCAUCAUAGCAGCAGAGUAUGUGGAGAACUUCUUUUCACGGUUUAUAGGAGAGAGCCGGGACGCCUCCAACAUCAUUGCAAUAGAGGGCGUAUUUGGAUUAGACCGUUCAACCAGAGAGAAUAGACUUGAUAACCUUUUCAGAUUGACCCAGAUACUCACUUUUGAGCUAGUAUCACGUAGCUUAAAUUCAGGAGAUAACGAUGCCGCCACAGACUCACUAGUAUUCUACUCAGCGUACAUUGAUGACGACCCUGAUACUAGGCUCUACACUAGCGCGGGUUUUCCGCAAAUCCCUCUGGAUCUAGAAGAUGCCAGUGAUGAUUUUUUCUUGGAGGCAUGCGAUUACCAUGAUCCUGCUGCUCUGACUUUACUGACAGAAGACUUCACAACGAAGCUUGACGUGUUUCUUCUAGGAGUUACGCUCAUUACACUAACUAUAAGAAACCAGUGCCGACACUCUAUCGUAUCUCAGAUUAUCAACACCGUAAAGGCUCUAGACUCUUGGAGAACACUGAUAACAAAUGGCAUAACAAAGGAGAAGAUACUGGAUCUUUUUCAGCCAGUUGUGCAGAGCAUAGUCACUGCAGGCUAUUCUAGCCAACUUGCCACGUUCAUAGCAACGUGCCUUAUCCCCAACCCGCAACUGCGUCCUUCUAUGCACGAAUUAAGAACCCUGUACGACAGCCUCUCCCAGCCUGUACUGAAGAACUCGUGGUGUCUGUACUCAUUGUUCCGGAGUAGAUCCUAUAAUAUGUCUAAUACAGUUAAGUACGAACUUAAUGCAACUGGUGUUAGAUUUGCCAAAAAGGCUACAGAGCUGAUGAAAGCAGUCCGCUCCUUUGAAAAUGAUUUAAUACCGCACUACUUGGACGACCUUCUUGUGGUUGAUGUCACCACAGGAAGGACUGCACUGAUGGUGGCCGUAGAGAAGGACAAUAUUGAUGCCAUUCAGUAUCUACUCCAAGAGGCUGGCGUUGAGCUAGUAAGAGGGGCAUCUCUGGCCGCAAAAGACCGUGGACUAAGACGAUUUGACCUUCAGGCUUCACUGUAUGAUAUGGCUAUCCCAGAGUCGGUCGUUUGCGGCUUUACUGCGCUUACGUUGGCCAUAAAAGCCAGAAAUACUGCUGCGAUAAAACUUCUUGCGCCUCUGGAGGUGGGCUUUGGGGGCUUCACAAGCUUGAUGGCUGCAGCAGUUGCCAAUGACUAUCACGCUGUCUGUUUAUAUCGGAGUGAUGCAGGUAAGUAUUGCGAGGGCACGACAGCGCUCAUGUUGGCACUUCUUUUUGGACACGUCAAGUGUUGUGAGCUCUUGCUCUGCGAGCUCUACAUGACUGACGCCCAAGGAAGAACUGUACUGUCUUAUGGUGCCUCCAUCGAAAAUCCAUCGGCAAACGUCAAAGCUGCUUUGGCAUACCUUGCACGGGAAUGGAUCUAUUCGACGUCUGUGGAUCCGUUAAUAUCUCGAGUUAUUGCAGCGCGCUUGAUUGAUCCUGAAAACUCACACUCAUUUGUAAGUACUUAUCAUGGAUUGGCUGCGGCCACUUCCCCGAUAGAAGUACCGGUAGAUGGUAUGCAGGUCUCUGCCAUUGUCCACGCCCUACAAUUAAGGGACUUUGAUGCUCUGCAGGCCCUUCUUCCGAUAUACCACCAUUCUACCCAUCAGACGCUAAACCUGCUUGAGCUGUCACUUAAGUACAGGGAUCUUCCUGCAACAGACUUGAUCUCUGAGUUUCUUGUGGCUCAGGGGAUCUCUAUGAAGGUGUCCGGUUCAACGGGUAUCAAAGUUACUCAACACACGCCCCUAAUGAAAGCGGCUCUCAAUAAUGACGUCACUGGGGUACUCCAGCACCGGAAACAGUACGGGAGGAUGAUCAUUUCGAGGGUUUACUUCUUCUAUUUCAACUUUCACUUCACUAUUUCUCCGCUUGACCCUAGCCAGCAGAUUACUGCUCUUAUGAUGGCAGCCAAAAAAGGGCAUCUCGAAUGCGUCAAGUGUUUGCUGUGCGAGCUAGGAAUUAGGACCUCUCUGGGGAAUACUGCAUUGAUGUUUGCCAUUCGUUCCAAAAGGCUGGAUUGCGUGCGAUAUCUUCUUCCUGAGCGUAACAUACAUAAUACCUAUGGCCGCACUCCUUUGAUGACGGCUGCAGAGGUGGGUUUCCCAGAAGCCGUCGAGCUGCUCUGUCCCGAUACAAGAAUGACUGACAACUCAGGAGAAACCGCACUGCUUAUUGCCUUGGUUUGCAAAAACGCAGACUGUGUUGCUCUUUUGCAGGAUCAGAUAGGGUAUGCUGGAGUAACUCAGCUUAUGGUUUAUGCAGCCCUAGGAGAUGUCGAAGCAAUCAAGGCUUGCUUGGAGACUGAGACCGAUCAUGGUCACCUGCUUUGCAAGAAAACUAUCGGUGAUUGGACCGCCCUUAUGUUUGCAGUCCUGUAUAACAAUUUAGAAUGUGCACAGCUCUUGAUGAGAGAAGCAGGGAUUUCAACAACGACCAAAUAUACAGCCCUUCUGCUAGCAGCCCACAACCGCUGUUACGGUGCAAUACCGCACCUAAUUGAUGAAUCCGAUGAGGAAAACAUGACGAAGCUUAUGGCUUACGCAGCUAUUGGCAAUCUAGACGGUGUCGAAGCUAAUUUACGGUAUUUGAAAAAACGCAACGUGCUAGGAUGGACUGCUCUAAUGUAUGCAGCAGCGGCUGGUCACGCAGAUUGCGUUAGUGCUCUUUUAGAAGAAGUCACGCUCACAGAUACUGAUGACGAGACUGCGCUCAUGAAAGCCGCAGAGAAUGGAAACGUAGGAUGUGUGAUGCUUCUUUUAACGUUAGUUUCGCAGCGGUCAAGUAAGGGCCAGACUGCACUAAUGAAGGCGGCCAAAAAGGGAUGCGUUGACUGCAUUCCUCUUCUUUCUAACGAACUGACAAUUAAGGAUAAUAAGAAUAGAACUGUUAUGAUGCAUGCGGCUAGCUUUGGACAGCUCAAGUUUCUUCAAGCGCUGCCACCUGACGGGGUGCUUGAUAAAGAUAUAAAUGACCAAACAGCAAAAGAACUUGCUAAGGAACACGGUCACGAGGAUUGUGCUAAUUAUCUGCAUGAACUGGAGGCUGCCAUUAUCUCUUGA